UUUUGUACUUCCCACUAUGUCUCUGUAAUUAUAUUUUCAAUUCUUAUUAUAAUAUCACUGUGUUAUCCCGCAAUCGACACCUACUACCUACGCUCAUCUAAAAAUGAAAAUCAAGCCUUCUUCUGGGAAGACUAUUCGUCUAGUUCAGCCGUCACGAGAGAUACUUUUAUGGAAAAAUGUAGAACCCAGCCUUCUUUUCAUGUAGAACAGGUCAUAAUUCAAACAAUUAGAUCGAUGAAUCUCAAGAAAGGAAGUAAUGACGUUUUGAGCAGGGAUCUAUUAUUGUGGACUUUAGGUCUUCAAGAGAGAAUUGCAAAUGCCGUCAUAAUGUAUACCAAUGAGCUUUCUCAACUUCCUCUUCAAACCGCUAAAAAGUACACUCUUUCAAAUCUUUGUUUAAAGCCUUUCAAUAAUGAAGAAUGCUUGAUUCUUUCACCACUGGAGUACUGGUCAUAUAGCGCCGAAAAAUUAUCAAAAGAUCAAUCUAUCUCUAGAUCACUAUCAUUGUCCAACAAAACUAAUUCUUUUGGUAUACCGAUGCCUCUCAGAUCUGUUUUCGGAAAUCUUUCAUAUGAUAAAAGGAAGGGCGAUGUAGUUGGCGCAGAUUCAAUAGUUCUAACCUACUUUUUGAAAGAUAUGGGGGAUUGUACUGAAGGUCAAACGGCUGUUAUAUGGGACAUGCUCUGGAAUCAAGUAAUCAAUUGUACGGGAGCCGAUUGUUAUAUUGGAGGCAAAGGAAUAAACAUGACCAAUCGCGGAAAUUUAAAACAUUUUCAUUUAGAGUUUGAUAGGAACAAUACCACGAAAUUUCCCGUUGAAUUCAUUCUCCUUGUAAUAGAGUACCUAGUAGCAUUCCUUUACAUUUCACUUUCCCUUGGUCGCCUUAAUUCCGUCAAAUCAAAAUUUGGUCUCGCCUUUUCCAUCGUGAUUCAACUGUUCGUUUCUCUGGUCACAUCAAUUAGCAUUUGCUCUUUAUUCGGGUUUACUUUAACUCUCGUGUCUUGGGAACUGUUUCCCUUCGUCCUCAUCAUUGUCGGUGUUGAAAAUAUGUUUGUACUGACCAGUGCGGUUGCAUCAAUUCCAAUGCAACUGGAAGUUAAGGAACGUGUUAGCAGAGGUCUCGAGAAAGUCUCUUAUUCCAUUACAAAGACUCUUGUCACCGGCCUUCUUUUAUUGUUCAUGUGCUCCACCACUGGUAUCGAUUCAGUUCAGGAGUUCUGCAUUUUCACCUCAGUGGCAAUGAUUAUAGACUACGUCCUGCAAAUGUCUUUUUUUGUCACCAUUUUGUCAAUUGACCUUCGAAGGUUGGAAUACGAG